AUGAUUUUAUCAAUAUUAUCAGUUGUUCAAACAUUAAAACUAAUUUAUAAAACAAAAUUAGAGAAAAAUUAUGAUAUUAAUUUUGAUGAUUUAUAUGAUGAAAUUAAUAAUAUUAUUAUUAAUGAUGAUAAUGAAAAUAUGAAUGGAGAUUUUUCUGAUGAAUUAGAAGAAGAAAAUGAAACUUUAGGUUAUAUAGAAUUGGAUGAAACAAGCAAUAAACCAGUCAUUAUUAAGCCUUAUAAAUAUAAUUUAUGUAAAAAAAUAAAGAAAAUUAAUUAUAAUGAAUUAUUAAGAAAAUCACAGAAUAUCUCUAAAGAUAUAUUACAAAAAUCUCAACCAGCUGCAAAUUUUCAUCUAAUAAUUAAAAGAUUAAAUCAAAAUGAAGAAUCAGAAGUGCUAUCAACUGCUAGAAACAAUUAG